AUGCAACCAAACAAUGUAUUCCAGUGGAAUUACAGUGGUAAAAUUUUCAAAUGUCAUUAUUCCAGUGGAAUUACAGUGGGUAAGACUCCUUAUGAUAUGGUAACAAUGGAAAGCUAUGAUGAUUCUGAAGAGAAAAAGAAAAAGAAAGAAUUGAUGGACUUCCUUAAGACUGUCAUGUUAAAGACUCCAGAAGAAUAUAACAACUUGAAGAAAAAACAACAGUUAAAUCGUUUAACGGGUAAAGGUACGUACGAAUCGUAUGACAUGCGCUGUAUGGUGACUGGCCAGUUCGCCGUCGGAAAAACUACUCUGGUGAAGCUAUUAGUGGGGGACGUCAUUCCCGAAGGGAGACAUCCUACAGAUGGAAUCUCGCUUCUAGAAGGUCGCUGUGGUCUUGACGUCCAAACAAGAGAAUGGAUUCUUAUAAAUCCAGGAAGUUAUAACGCCAUGGAUGUUGUUUACAAUAAGGUUUUAAUGACUUCAAGAGACGAGAAGGGAACAAAUUCAAGUGAAAAGUUAGACCAACAUCAAGCAUCAGAUAUUAGUCCUGCUGGAAGUAAAGACGAUAACAUGGGUAAUCCAGGUGUCCUACAGCAAUCACAAGCUAUGGCAUUGCAUCUGCCAUCAAACACAUCAGAUAAUAUCUCUAACCAACCCCCAUCAGUCAUACCUUUUUCACAGGAGAAGUCCUCCAUUGUGCCUCUAUCACGACAGCAGUUGAAACAGAAAAUGAAAGCAAAGAUGACUAUAGAUGAAAUCAGAAGAAAAAUGGAAAAAGUCCUAAAGAGUGGAAAGUACAAGAUGAAAGUUGGAAGACUCAUUUUCUGGGAUUUUGGUGGACAGUAUGUUUAUUAUACAACACACCAGACCUUCAUGACCUAUAGAGCUUUGUUUCUGGUUGUAUUUGAUGGAAGUAAAGGAUUACAUGAACAGGUACCUGAUGUGAUGUGUUUUCCAGGGCAGCAUAUGACUCCAACCCCAGCAGUAUUUUUACAACACUGGGUCAACUGUAUCCUUACCUAUUGCAAGGCAGUAUAUACAGGAAUUCCAAAGAUUUUGUUUGUUGCAACUCAUAAAGACAAAGUACCAAAGGAGAAUAUUGAAACACGGCGUACAGAGUUGUAUAGCGGAGUAGAAAAGUUAUUCAAAGACCACGAAGGACGAGAACAUCUGGUCAUCAACAACAAAAUAUUUGUGAACGCCACAGACAACACAGAUCCAGAGAUCGAUGUUCUCAAGAAAGCAAUCACAGAUCUUACCUUUCAACAUCCAUGUUGGGGAGAGGCAAUGCCUAAUGCAUCUGUUCCUCUUGAACUUGAGAUUGCUAACCUGGUAGCAAAGGGGAAACAAGUAUUGUCAUUGUUGGAAGUUAAAGAAUUAAAUGCCAUCAGCAAGGUGUCCGUCUUGUCUAAUGAAGAGCUCAGUGAUUUCCUUCACUUCCAGCACUCACUUGGGAAGAUGAUCUAUUUCGAUACCCCACAGUUGAGAGGCUAUGUGAUCAUAAGUCCCCUUCUUCUUGUGGAAGUUAUGAGAUCAUUUGUUACAGAUAUUGCUUUUUGGCCGAAGGAAGGUCUCAUACGAAAUACUUUUGAAAGGAUGUCAGAAAGUGGAAUAAUACAAAGAAAAGAGCUUUAUCUUAUUUGGGAACAAAAGCACUUCACGAAACUAUCACCCUACAAAGAGUUCAUAUUUGAUAUCCUCAUCCACCUUGAUAUUAUAUCAGAGCAACGUAGAUAUGAUACUAAUACGGGAAGUCGGUUACCAGUGGAAUACUUCUUUGUUCCCUGUAUGCUCAUUCAGAGAAAUGAUACAAGAUUCAUGACCCAUGAAUGCACACCAGAAAAAUCUAUUAGUCUAGCAUUUGUUUUCAAAGGGACAAUAAUACCACCAGCCUUACCAAAUCGUCUCAUAAGCGCAGGUCUCAGUAUGUGGACCGUAAAGACGUAUGAAGGAAAACAACUCCUGUUUUCAGGAUUCGUUUGUUUAUCAUUCGAUAAAGCACAUGAUAUUGUAGUAUGUGUUGAAGGUAACAAGAUAAUUCUCUACAUAGUCCAUGAAACCUCCAAUGGACUGAUCGUACCAGAUAUUGCCACUGGUAUCAAGGAAUGCAUGUAUACAACACUAGAGAGAAUCUCAGAGUUCUAUAAGUCCACAGUCUCCUCCAGCAGCCAAAAACUACCCUUCCACAUUGAAUAUGCAUGUUCCAUGUUAGAAUGCCAUAUACCUGAAGAGGCAGCAUUUACAACUGAUGAAUGGAUCUGUGAUAAACAUCGGAUUGUACAUACUAAAGACAAGUGGAAUAUUUGGAAUCAAGAUCAGACAAAAGAACAAUGUGAAGUGGACUGUCCAGGUUUACAAGAAGGUGCCUUAAAUCAGAUACCAAGUGACGUUGAACUUCAAAGAUUUGCAUCACGAUGUGAUGAUGUCACCAUAAAAGAGUUAGCCAUACGUCUUGGUAUGAGUUUCCAAGAAUGGGAUGAACUUGAAAGGAAUAAUCCUGAUUAUAUUCAGAUUGUCAAGUAUAGGAUACUGGUAAACUGGAGAGAACAAUGUUCAGGAAAAUUCAGCAACAUAGCAAAAGCUUUAACAGAUAUGAAACUAACUACACAUAAGUUGUGUCAGGUCAAACGAAUCAGAAAAGUUCAAUGCGAUAUAAGUGACGAAAACAUGGAUUUAAUUCCGACAGAUGAAAUACUUGAUGAACUAGCACAAGUACUUGGUGUUUUAUCCUUCCAACUGGGUAUAGAAUUAGGAUUACCUAUUACAGCAUUAGACGCCAUUCAGUACAACAAUGGGAGGAAUUUAGUUGCUCAAUGUAAAGAAAUAUUAUUCCAGUGGAGAAUAGAUGAGAAAGUGAGGCCAACCAUACGUGUAUUGGUCCAAGCUCUCGUAAAUGUCGGAAGAGGCGCUAGAUGUUUGGAGGAAAUCAUUAAAACGGUUGGAGUGAAGAAAUACAUCAAACAGGAUGAAGUUGAAGAGCAGAGAAAAGGAAAAGUUACAACACUCUUUAAAAAACUUUUUCAGAAGAAAAAUUAGUUACAAAACCUUUAAGUUUAUUUUAUAUAAAAUCAUUCACUUCGCUUGGCUGUGUAUAAAUUUGAGGGAACAAAUGAAAUCACCCCUGUUAUUGUCUUCUGGCUGGUAAUAUUCAUAUGAAUAUAAAUUAUGAGGAUUAAACCAAGAUGAUAAGACUAUAAAAUGGAGUUGUAUACUGACAAAUCAGAAUGGAUUCGGAGUACGCAAAGUAAGACCCUUAAAAAUUGUUGGAAGUGUUUGUACUUGUGUUCAGUCAUAAUUUAUAAAUAUAUGGUGUAUUUAAUGAUAAAGCAUAACAGAUAUAAAGUUUGAGACUGCACACGAAUGCAGCCACCUACAUCUUAGAAUUUUUUUUUUAUCUGUAAAUGACGUGUUAUGGCAUUUUUGAAAGAUUUUUAUAUUUAAAAGCUUGAACUUGAGCGUCUUUAAGGACGUUCGUAAGUGAGAUUUUGGAAUUCGUGUCAGAUGUUCGGACUCCUUGGUGUUUUUACAUACAAUAACAGGUAAAAUAGUUUGCCCCGUAACACCCAUUUCUUUUUUUCAUUUAAAACCUAAUAGCUCAUGAAAGGUCUUUAAAAUUUUAGAAGAUUCUUGAUUUUCUUUGUUUUGUUUUGAGACCCAAAUAAUACUAUUGCAAAUAUAAAGUAAAAGUCCGAGUGAGCCUUUUCUCACAAAAUUUUAAAUCUCAAAUAUCUCAUAAAGGAGGACCAUGAUCGACCUAUCAAUAUUUUUAGCUUAUUUUUAUCCUUAACGAAUGCUCUACCGACUUAUAGUAUCAAUUUUAAAUUCUUGAUUGUUUUAAAUUUUCACCUACCCUCACCUAAGUACAUCCUUAAUGACGAGUGUAGUUCGAAUCGUUUACAUACUAUAAUUGAAGCGACUGAAGAUGUAUUCUAAUUUUUUGUCCAAAUCUAGCCAUUACAGUAUUACUACGGGUUUAAAUUUAUUAUUGCAAUUGUAGGAAAUGUACAGAAAUGUGGAAUUAAUUUUUCAGGUUUUCGUGGAAUUUUACGUACAAAUAAUACUAUUUAAAAAAAUCUAACCGGCUUGGUGGUUUUUUUUUUCAAAAAUAUCCAGCCAUGUAUUGACAAAAGUAAAAACAUGAAAAAUGACCUUGUCAAUUAUAUUAAGAACAACACAACACUCAUAGCAAAUGGUUAAUUAAUUGUUUUUUCUUAUCCCUUCAUACAGUAACUGAACCGUAUAACACUUAGACUAGAUGAUGAUCCAAUCAUAGUGACUUUGUGAAAAAAGACAAAUUCCUAAUGCACAAUUUCAUUCUGUAUUUUUAUAGCAAGCUCAUUAACUUUCGAGAACUUGUUGAAGUUUAUCGGAUUGUAAUUUUGAUUAACAAUCAUGUAUAUCGUAGUAAUGUUGUAGAUUGUAUCAUUAAAUAUAUCCGUCAAAUUGUACCAUAAAGAUGAUAUCAUUGUGUUUCACUGUACCUGAUUAGUUUGCCCUAUUGUUGUAGAUCGUGUUAUUAUUGCAAACCUUGACAAGUUUUACCAUGUAAAUAAAAGCUUGCUGAAUUGUUUCUAUUUUGAUUGUACAAACCGCGUGCACA